AUGGCGGCGACAUGGACAUGUUUUGUAACUUCCUUGUGUAUUUCUUCACCUUCUUAUAAACCUUUGUUGUCCUCCUCAUCUCUGUCUUUCCGGAGGCAAUCAUCCGUGCCCACAACCAACAGAUUUUCCAGGAUCUAUGCGCUGUCUAGCAAUGACAUCAAAGUCGGGACUAGCAUCGAAGUCGAUGGUGCUCCCUGGCGUGUUCUGGAGUUUCUUCAUGUGAAGCCAGGCAAAGGUGCUGCUUUUGUCAGAACCAAAAUCAGGAACUACGUUAAUGGUAGCACCGUCGAGAGAACCUUUCGUGCCGGAAUUACUAUGGAGGAGGCAAAUAGCAGUUAUGAGGAAACACGUUUAAACGAGGCUGACAUGGGCGACAAGACCAAAUGGCUUAAAGAGGGUAUGGACUGCAAUCUUCUUUACUGGAAGGACAAGGUCAUCGAUUUUGAACUUCCCAUUACAGUUCAGCUUAAAAUAGUUGAUGUUGAUCCUGGUCUCCGAGGUGACACUGCACAAGGUGGAACAAAGCCUGCCACACUCGAGACUGGUGCAGUUGUCAAUGUACCCCUCUUUGUCAAUGUUGGUGAAGAUAUUAUGGUGGACACCAGAACGGGCACGUACAUGAGCCGGGUGUGA